AUGACUACAAGGAAGUAUACUGAGAGAGCGCAGAAUGCCCUGAAGAUGUGUGUGGACGAGGCGCUUGCAAAUAACAACAACACCAUCGAGCCCGAGCAUCUUCUGAAGGCGAUACUAAGCGACCAGACGUCUGUGUUACAUAACGUGCUGAGUCCUACAGAGAGGAACAACGUCAAGAAUGCACUCAUAAAGAGAAUCGGGGGGUUUGCAAAGCAGUAUAACUGCACGGAGCCCCGUGUCGGAGAGACACUUGCAAAAGUUCUGAUGGCGGCUGAAAGUAAGGGGGAGGGCGAGUAUGUUUCUGUGAAUGCGUUAGUGCUGAGUCUUCUUGAAGUGGAGAGCAUCAGGGAGCUGAUUGCCAACUCGGAGGACAUAAGAAAAAAGGUUGAAGAGCAGACAAAGAACAAGAGGUUCGACUCUCGAAACGCCGACGAUGGGACCGAUGUGAUGUCGAGAUUCGCUGUUGACAUGGUUGAGCAGGCCAGGCAGAAUGUCUUUGACCCUGUGAUUGGGAGGGACGAGGAGAUCCGCAGGGUUCUUGAGAUAUUGUCGAAGAAGACAAAGAGUAACGCAAUAUUGGUUGGAAAGCCGGGGGUUGGGAAGACUGCAAUAGUGAAUGGAAUUGCACAGCUGAUAGCAAACGGAGAGGCGCCUACGCUUCGGGGUGCCCGGAUCUAUAAUGUGGACGUGGGAUCGAUGGUUGCGGGGACGUCUCACAGGGGGGACUUUGAAGAAAGGCUGAAGACCCUGGUCAAGGAGGCGGAAACAACACCUGGGGUGAUUCUGUUUAUUGACGAGAUCCACAUUGUGCUGGGCGCAGGAAAGACGGACGGGGCGAUGGAUGCGGCAAACAUGCUGAAGCCUGGACUGGCAGCAGGGACGAUCAAAUGCAUUGGGGCGACAACGCAUGACGAGUACAGGAAGUACAUUGAGAACGACCCGGCGUUUGAAAGAAGGUUUGUGCAGGUUGUUGUGAACGAGCCGUCCAUUGAGGACUCGAUCACGAUGCUCCGAGGACUCAAGGGGAGACUGGAGGCAUACCACGGUGUGAAGAUAGCCGACAGUGCUAUUGUGUAUGCAGUCAACUCGUCGAAGAAGUAUAUUUCUAACAGAAGGCUUCCGGAUGUGGCAAUUGACCUGCUGGACACUGCCUGUGCCAGCGUGAUGAUAGCUCUUGAGAGUGAGCCGCAGGAGAUUCUAAAUCAAAAGUCAAAGGCGUGGGGUUUGGAUAUCGCGAAGACAAGCCUGGAGUUUGACCUUUCUCAAAAGAAGGACGAGCAGACUCUAAAGAAGCUUAAGGAAGUGGUUGAAGAGUUGGAGAAGGUGAAGGCGAGCCUACAGCCGAUGGAGGAGGCAUAUCUGAGGGAUAAGAAGCACAUAAUAGAGGCGAAGAAGCUAAAGAAGAAGCUGGAGGACACCAAGCUAAGGCUUGCACAGGCGGAGAGAGACAGAAACACAUAUGUUGCAUACGACCUCAAGACCAACGUGAUUCCUGUGAUUGAAAGUGAGCUCAAAAGGCUCGAGCUCGAGAGUGUGGUGGUUAUUCUCCCUUCGCAUGUUGCAGAGAUCAUAAGCAGAUGGACGGGGAUUGAUGUAAAGAGGCUGACGAUCAAAGAGAACGAAAGGCUGAUGGAGAUGUCCUCGAGGAUAAAGAAGAGGAUAUUUGGGCAGGACCACGCGGUGGAUGCAAUUGUUGACUCGAUUCUUCAGUCCAGGGUUGGGCUGGACGACGAUGACAGGCCGGUUGGGUCCUUUCUUCUUCUCGGGCCCACUGGGGUUGGAAAGACAGAGCUUGCCAAGGCGGUUGCGAUGGAGCUGUUUGACAAUGAGAAGGACAUGCUUGUGAUUGACAUGAGCGAGUAUGGAAAUGAGAUGGGUAUAACAAAGCUGAUUGGAGCAAAUGCAGGGUAUGUUGGGUAUAACCAGGGUGGAACGCUUACGGAGCCCAUCAAGGGAAGGCCCUACAAUGUGAUUCUGCUGGACGAGGUUGACCUGGCACACCAGACUGUCCUGAAUACACUGUACCAACUCCUGGACGAGGGACGGGUCACGGAUGGAAAAGGGGCUGUCGUGGACUUCAGAAACUGUGUGGUGAUCAUGACCUCGAAUCUAGGCCAGGAGAUAAUAAUGCGGUCUCGUGGUGAGCUUAACGACGAUGAAAGGAAGAAAAUUGAGGAGAUAGUGCUGAACAGGUUUGGAGCACCCUUUGUCAAUCGUAUUGACGAGGUGCUGUAUUUCAACAAUCUUGAUAGAGAGAACAUGCACAGGAUUCUUGAAUAUCAGAUGGGCUACUUGGAGAAGAAGCUCAGGGGCCGCGGCAUAACAUUCAAGGUCUCUGAUGCUGUGAAGGAAGACAUGGUUACCAAGGUCCUCUCCUCGAUCUAUGGAGCCCGGCAACUUAGGAGAUUCAUCCGGUCAAGCUUUAAGCGUGCACUAACGAAGGUCCUCUUGAUGAGAGUAAACGAGGAUCCCAUUGAGGUCAGCUGCACUCAUCCAUCUGAGGGAGCUGGAGGAAUCCGCAUUUCCGACUAUGUCUACUCUAUGGUGCAGCAGUAG